AUGGCAAACCCCCAAGAACCCCCCCACAUCCUCAUCCUAGGCGCCGGCGUAAUCGGCCUAACAACCUCCCUCGUCCUCUCGCACACCUACCCGACCACAAAAGUAACAAUAGCCGCAACCCACUUCCCCGGCGACCGCUCCAUACACUACACCUCCCCCUGGGCCGGCGCAAACUGGUCCUCCAUGGCCACCGACAACGGCCCCCUUGAAAACUACGACGCCGUAACUUUCCGCCGCUUCGGCGAGCUCAUCGACGGUCAGUCCGUAUUUGGGUGCCGAGCCGUUCGCGCUGGCGAAAUUGAAAAUUCGAGCGGUGGUGGGAUGGGGGGGAAUGAAGUGGGGUUGGGGCGGAUGGGCAUGUGGGCUGUGUUUGAUACGCCGAUUGAGGAGGCAGGGAUUCUGAGUGAGGGGACGGGGAGGGUAUGGUAUGAUGAGCUAGUUGGGGGGUUGAGGGAGUUGGAUAAGGAGAGGUUGCCGAGGGAUGCGGUGUUUGGGGUUGAGAUUCCGGCGACUUUUCGGAUUAAUACGCAGGUUUAUUUGCAGUGGUUACAACAUCAGGCCCUAACUAAAGGGAUCACUUUGCUUCGCCGCCAUUAUACCUCUGUGGCUUCGUUGCUGGAAGACGUACCAUCUGCCACCCUCCUCGUCAACGCCACAGGUCUUGGUUCCUUGUCUCUAACAGACAUCCGCGAUACGAAUCUGUACCCGACCCGUGGCCAGACGCUGCUGGUUGCGGAACCCAAAGUCCCGAUUGAGAGAAUGUAUGAAUAUGAGAGGCUGGGGUAUCUUCGCUCCCCCCACCGCAUCGACCCAACAUGCACAUACGUCUUCCCACGCCCGCUGGGCGGUGGCGUUAUUCUAGGCGGCUCUCGCCAAGACAAUGAUUGGAGCGCUGAGUGGGAUGAGGAGCUUGGUCAAGAUAUUUUGAGGCGGUGCUGUGAGCUGUGUCCUGAGUUGGGGAAGCCGGAGGAGGUGCAGGUUUUGGCGAAGAAUGUGGGGUUGAGACCGUCGAGAAAAGGAGGCAUGAGGAUUGAGACCGAGGUGGGCAAGUGGAAAGUGCCUGUUGUGCAUUGUUAUGGGCAUGCUGGGGCGGGAUAUCAGGCUUCUUGGGGAUCUGCUGAGCGCGUGCUGGAGCUUGUGCAAAAGAUACUUGCACCAGGUGCAAAGCUUUGA